AAACAAAAGCAGCUGUCGCAAAUUCAGUGCAGCAGCAGCAGAGGUCAGAGGUCACAAACCACUCAGCAUGGGAGGUGACCACGGCCACAGCAAGGUGAACUUGCCUGACCUUAAGCAGUGGAAGUGGGAGGGAACACCGCUGGAGGUAACACAGCAGAGGCUGAAGGCCAGAGGCCUCAAUGACCCAUGGGCGCGUAACGAGGCGUGGAGAUACCAAGGCGGCUUCGCUCGGGCUGUGACUUUGUCCGAUGUGCUGCUGAGGGGUUUCAAGUGGGGCUUUGCUGCUUUUACUGUCGCUCUGGCUGUCGAGUACGCCCUCUUCCCACCAAAGAAGGGUGGCCACUAAUCCUCAUCCCCGGAGCACAAUGCCGUCUAUUAAUAUUCUGUAUUUUUCGUUAAAUAAAUUUCCUUUUGAUCACCUCA